ACAUCGGUCGGGAGGGCGUAACCAGGCUGCCCUUCCGAUAGACUGUUUCCCUAAAACGGGUCUCCUGCAGAAAAUUCCUGCUUAGCGUGUUGUUUACUGUCCCGCAAGAUCGCGUCGUUAGACCGCGCACGUUAGAUAUCAGCAUUUUCAUCAAGCCAACCGUGACAAUCAACCCGUGCACAAAGUUACGCCGUUCAUCCGGAGAAUGUUGAACGUCGUCGUGUAUGCCACUUUGCUGUCUUUCUGCUACGCUUGUCCCCACCCACGACUUGCUAACGGUGCGAAGAUUUCCUAUGGCAUGGAAUUAUCUUCGCGGGACGGAUUCAACGAGAGAACUGUUGCUUCUUACAGCUGCGACCCAGGGUACAAAAUUGUGGGCCCCAGUGAAGCAAUUUGUCAGCGCAAUGGUUCCUGGUCACCGAGCGAACUACCCGUUUGUGUUACCAACGUGGCAAGUAAGAAACCGGCUUACCAGUUGAGUACAUCGGAUGUUUCCAGACUGGCCGCCAAUGUGGUCGAUGGAUCCCUAGACACUUGCUACCAGAACAGUCAACAUAACCACUCUCUGUGGCUUGUCGACCUUCUUCAAGUGUUUCCAGUCGUGGUAGUAGAGCUUUCUUUGGAUCUGCCUACAACCGCCAUACUGGUGGCGGUUCGCGUUGGAAAUAAUUCGAAGGACCCGCUACAAAAUCCGAUAUGCAGCAUUUUCGACCAUUUUCUCCCGCCAGUAGAAAUGAGCCAACCACAUUUUUAUCUUUCCUGCGUAACACCAAUAGUGGGACGUUACGUCAGCGUCCAUGACAGAGGCGCGUUGUCUAUUUGCGAACUUUCCGUUUAUUCUACUACUCUUCGUCCAGUUCCUGCCGGCACGACGACACAACGUCCGACGCAGCGGAAACCAGUUCCGAAACCAAUGGAAUCUGCCAUCAUACUAACGGCAACUUGCAUUACCCUAGGAAUUGUGCUCUUGGCGACAGCGAGCUACUUCUUCUGGAAGAAGGGUAACCGAGUGCGUCCACGCUGGUUCAAGAGAGACUGCUCCGUGAUUGUGCGAGAAUUCCCAGGUGAAACAAACUUGGCCUUCGAGAGUUGUGGUGAAAGGAACCUGGAGCUUGGGUAUCAGAUGGCAUGGCAGGAAGUAUCGCGGAGCGGAGUGGCAGCGCUAACUCCGGUGAACACGCGACGUGAUGCGUCCACGAUGACAACUCCGUCUGAAUUUCUCUCGCAGGGCUACAUGUGAUUUUAUGGGUUAUGUUUUUAGCUGUCUUAGAAGACGUGUGCUACAUGUGUACUUCAUGUAAGGUAGAUUAUGUUAAGAAUUUUGAUAAUCGCGCUAUAAUGUAAUGUGGUUCGCUUCGGCAACUCGUCUCUGCGGCAUCUACGGUAUCCUGGGUUGGUACUUAAAUACGGUUUGUUUAGGCGUUUAAGAGGAAAAAUAAAUCCAUUACUUUUGGCUUGGCUGACUUUCGGCCUCAUAGCAAGAGACGUAUUAACUCGCGUAGUACACCAGUCCAGUGGAAGAUCAGUGCAUUCGUUCGUGUUUUACAUGUAAUCUUUGGGUAAUUGUCUAAGUUCUUGGAUACCACUGUGAAAAUUGCAACAGACUGUCUGUUUCUCGGCUGCUCUCAGGAGAACAUGUGAUAUCUUGAAAACACGUACUCAUAAGAUCGUAUUAUAGAGCGUCAGCACGAAUAAACUUCACUCUAUUGGA